AUGCUGCAACAACCAGUCUCUAAAGAGUUGCGCUCCUUUCAAUCAUUAUCCAAAUUUUCAGGAACAGCUCAAAAAGGUUCAGUGCCACAUCGUAGGCAAUCUGCUGCAACAAACAAUUCUAUCACCAAAAGUUCAUAUGGAAGAAGAAGGCUUCCUGAUUCUUUAAAUGAUGACUCAAUGACAAUACGUUCAGUUGAUAAUACCUUACAUCGCUCCCCAUCAUCAAUUCAACAAAUGCCAUUAAAUGUCAAGAGUUUUCACACAAAAAGUGGUAUUAUAUCAUCCCACACAAAAUCUGAAGAAUUAUUUCAUAAAGAUGCAUUGUCUGGAGAAUAUAAUAAAAGUAAUUCACUAACAUAUGAUGCAUCCCCUAUACAUAAAUGGGAUAAAAAAGAACAAUCUUCAAAUGAAUGUCAUCGACAACCACAAGUUGAAUGGAAUGAUGAGGGGGAGUUUGUUUUUGAUGAUGAAUGUAAUUUACCAUAUCCAGGUUUUGUUGAACCAGCAUUACAUUGUUUCAGUCAAACUAAAAUUCCAAGAAAAUGGUGUUUAAAAAUGGUAACAAAUCCAUGGUUUGAUAGAUUAACAAUGAUAGUAAUUAUAAUAAAUUGUAUAACAUUAGGAAUGUAUAAACCAUGUGAAGAUGGUCCAGGAUGUAAUACUUAUCGUUGUCAAUUAUUAUCAAUGAUAGACCAUAUGAUUUUUAUAUAUUUUUUCUUAGAAAUGGUUAUUAAAGUAAUAGCUUUAGGAUUUACGGGUCAAGCUGCAUACCUUUCUGAUACUUGGAAUAGAUUAGAUUUUUUUAUUGUAAUUGCUGGAAUAGCAGAAUAUCUACUUCAAGAAUAUUUAGGAAAUAUUAAUUUAACAGCAAUAAGAACUAUAAGAGUUUUAAGACCAUUAAGAGCUGUUAAUAGAAUACCAUCAAUGAGAAUAUUAGUUAAUUUACUUUUAGAUACAUUACCAAUGCUUGGAAAUGUUCUAUUAUUAUGUUUUUUUGUUUUUUUUAUAUUUGGUAUUAUAGGAGUACAAUUAUGGGCUGGAUUAUUAAGAAAUCGUUGUACAUUAAAUUUACCUAAAAAAAAUAUAUCAUUAGAAAAUUUAAAUAAUAUAUUAAAAGAUGUACAAUUAAGUAGAUAUUAUAUUCCAGAAGAUACUUCACUUGAUUAUAUUUGUAGUCAAAAUGAUGCAUCAGGUAUACAUACAUGUAAUGAUUUACCUCCAUAUGUUUAUAAUGGUAUAAAAUGUAAUUUAACAAUUGAUGAAUAUAAUAAAAUUGAUAAUUCAAAUUGUAUAAAUUGGAAUAUUUAUUAUGAUGAAUGUACAGUGGCACCAAUGAAUCCUUUCCAAAAUUCUGUAUCAUUUGAUAAUAUUGGAUUUGCUUGGGUCGCAAUAUUUUUAGUUAUUAGUUUAGAAGGAUGGACUGACAUAAUGUAUUAUGUUCAAGAUGCUCAUUCAUUCUGGAAUUGGAUAUAUUUUGUUUUAUUAAUAGUUAUUGGAGCAUUUUUUAUGAUUAAUUUGUGUUUAGUUGUUAUUGCUACACAAUUUGCUGAAACAAAAAGAAGAGAAACAGAAAGAAUGUUACAAGAAAGAAAACGAUUAUCUUCAUAUAGCAAUUCUAUAUAUGGAAGUGAAGGUGAAAAAUUAUCACAAGAACGUGAUGAAAAUAAUGGUGAUACUGUAUAUGCUGCUUUAGUACGUUUUAUUUCUCAAACAGCAAGAAGAGUAAAACGUCAUUUUCGCAAACAAGGACCAGUUUACAAAACAAGAAUAUUAAGGUUUUUUGGUCGCAAAACAAUUGAAAUUCCAAAAAAAAAUGAUAAUAAAGGUAUUUCAGAGAGUGAUGAUUUACUGGAAAAGAAAGAUAAAAAUUCAGAUAAUAAUAAUAGUAUAUGUGCCUUACAAAUAGAUAUUACCAAAGAAGAUAAUGAUAUAAAAUCACAAAAAAGUGAAUCAUUUAAUUCAAAUAAACGUAAAAAUAAAGAAAAUGGAAAAAUUAAGAAAAAAAAUAGUAAUAUUAGUAAAUUUACAGAAAUUCGUAAUAUAGUUAAAAAAUUUGUUAUUUGUGACCAUUUUACAAGAGGAAUUCUUGUAGCUAUACUUUUAAAUACAUUAUUAAUGGGUGUUGAAUAUCAUCAACAACCUGAAUGGCUUACAAUAAUUCUUGAAUAUAGUAAUUAUUUUUUUACUGGUUUAUUUGCAUUUGAAAUGUUACUUAAGGUAUUUGCUGAUGGUUUAUUUGGAUAUUUAGCAGAUGGUUUCAAUUUAUUUGAUGGUGGAAUUGUUGCUUUAAGUGUUUUAGAAAUAUUUCAAGAAGGAAAAGGUGGAUUAUCAGUUUUAAGAACAUUUAGAUUAUUAAGAAUAUUAAAAUUGGUUCGAUUUAUGCCAGCACUUAGAUAUCAAUUAGUUGUAAUGUUAAGAACAAUGGAUAAUGUUACAGUAUUUUUUGGUUUAUUAGCAUUAUUUAUUUUUAUCUUCAGUAUUUUGGGAAUGAAUUUAUUUGGGUGCAAAUUUUGUAAGAUAGAUGAAGGAUUAUCGGGACCAGAUUCUAAAAAGUGUGAAAGAAAAAAUUUUGAUUCACUUUUAUGGGCAUUAAUAACUGUAUUUCAGAUUUUAACACAAGAAGACUGGAAUAUGGUAUUAUUUAAUGGAAUGGCUCAAACAACUCCUUGGGCGGCAUUAUAUUUUGUUGCAUUAAUGACUUUUGGAAAUUAUGUAUUAUUUAAUCUUUUAGUAGCCAUUUUAGUAGAAGGUUUUCAAGAAUCAAAAGAAGAAGAGAAACGUCAAUUAGAGGAAGAAGCUAAAAAACGUGCAGAGGAAGAAGAAAAAGAAAGGAAUAAAGAAUUAGAAUUAUUGAUAGCUAAAACAACAUCACUUAGUUUUAUGGGUAAAUCAAAUACUAAAACAGCUACUUGUACAUGUAGUAAAGAUAUAUUAAAUAAAGAAUCAUCACAAUUAACAAAUGAAAAUACAUUAAAAAUUCCUGAUAGUAGACCAAGAGCCUACUCAUCAUCUAUUGAAUCAUGUAAAAGUUUUAAUAAUAUUAAAUUAGAACAUGAUUGUAAUGGUGAUAUUAAAAAUGAUGAUGAAUUAUUUAUUAAUAAUGAUGAAACUAAUAAAAAAUUUGACUUUUGUAAAAAUAGAAAUAUUGAUAAAAAAAAAUUUUCUAAAAGUCAAGAAAAUUUAAUAGAAAGAAGUUCAAGUGACAUUGAAAAUUCUUGUAAAAAAUUAUCAAAAAAAGAUAAAAUGUAUGAUUCAGCAAAAGAUGUAUAUUCAGAAAAAUCAAUAAUACAUUUUCAAAAUAAUAGUAAUGAAAUUAAAGAUAAUAAUAGUUAUUUAGAAAAUUCACGUUUAAGAACAAAUAGUUGGUGUGGUAUUCAAACAUUAUUUAAUCCACAAUGUCCUAUACAUAGUAGAAGAGCGCUAAUUGAAGCAUAUGCUAGAGAUAAAUUAAUACAAGCAAGUCAAGAAUUACAACAAGUACUUGUUGAAGAAGAAAGAAAAGCUGAAGAAAGAAAGAAUACAUUUUGUCGUAAAUUAUUUACAAAAACAUGUCUAUAUAAAAGAAAAGAUUAUUCAUUAUUUUUAUUUUCAACAAAAAAUAAAUUAAGAAUUAGUUGUUUAAAAUUAACACAAAAAAAAUGGUUCGAUUAUACAGUAUUAGUAUUUAUUGGAAUUAAUUGUAUAACAUUAGCUAUGGAAAGACCUUCAAUUCCUCCUGAUAGUUUAGAAAGAAAAUUUUUAACAAUUAUAGGAUAUAUUUUUACAAUAAUUUUUACACUUGAAAUGUCAUUAAAAGUAAUUGCUAAUGGUUGUUUAUUUGGAAGAGGAGCAUAUUUUAAAGAUGGAUGGAAUAUACUUGAUGGUAUACUUGUUAUAAUAUCACUUAUUAAUAUUAUAUUUGAAAUGCUUGUUCACAUAGAUUCACCAAAAAUAUUUGGUGUUAUAAGAGUUUUAAGAUUAUUACGUGCAUUAAGACCACUUCGUGUAAUUAAUAGAGCACCUGGUGUUAAACUUGUUGUAAUGACAUUAAUUAGUAGUUUAAAACCUAUUGGAAAUAUUGUACUUAUAUGUUGUACAUUUUUUAUUAUAUUUGGUAUUCUUGGUGUUCAAUUAUUUAAAGGAAUGAUGUAUCAUUGUAUUGGUCCUGAUGUUAGUAAUAUAACAACAAAAAAUGAAUGUUUAGCUGUUAAUGGAAAUAAAUGGGUAAAUCAUAGAUAUAAUUUUGAUAAUCUUGGACAAGCAUUAAUGUCUUUAUUUGUUUUAUCAAGUAAAGAUGGAUGGGUUUCAAUAAUGUAUCAAGGUAUUGAUGCUGUUGGUGUUGAUAUGCAACCAAUAGAAAAUCAUAAUGAAUGGAGAAUGAUAUAUUUUAUAUCAUUUUUACUUCUUGUUGGAUUUUUUGUACUUAAUAUGUUUGUUGGUGUUGUUGUUGAAAAUUUUCAUAAAUGUAAAGAAGCAUUAGAAGCUGAGAUGAGAGAAAAAGCAAGACAAAAACGAUUAGCACGUAAAUUAAAAAGACAACAAUAUGAAGAUCAUUGUGCUUUAAAAAAAAAACAAAAAGAAAAAAGUUAUCCAUAUUGGUAUAAUUAUGGUCCAGCUAGAAUGUAUACACAUAACAUAGUUACAUCAAAAUAUUUUGAUCUUGCAAUUGCAGCAGUUAUUGGUAUUAAUGUAAUAUCAAUGGCAAUGGAAUUUUAUAUGAUGCCUUCUGGUUUAAGAUAUGUAUUAAAAGCUUUAAAUUAUUUUUUUACAGCUGUAUUUACAUUAGAAGCAGCUAUGAAAUUAUAUGCUUUAGGACUUAAGACUUUCUUUAUGGAAAAAUGGAAUCGUUUAGAUAUGUUUAUAGUAAUUUUAUCAAUUGCUGGUAUUAUAUUUGAAGAAUUUGAAGCACUUGAAUUACCAAUAAAUCCAACAAUUAUUCGUGUUAUGAGAGUUCUUCGUAUAGCACGUGUCUUAAAACUUCUUAAAAUGGCAAAAGGAAUUAGAUCAUUAUUGGAUACUGUUGGUGAAGCAUUACCACAAGUUGGAAACCUUGGAUCCUUAUUUUUCUUAUUAUUUUUUAUUUUUGCAGCAUUAGGUGUUGAAUUAUUUGGAAAAUUAGAAUGUUCUGAUGAUCAUCCUUGUGAUGGACUUGGAGAACAUGCACAUUUUAAAAAUUUUGGUAUGGCAUUUUUAACAUUAUUUAGAAUUGCAACUGGAGAUAAUUGGAAUGGUAUUAUGAAAGAUGCAUUAAGAGAUGAUUGUGAUCCUUCUGAUCAUUGUGAUACUAAUUGUUGUGUUGAUCCAAUUUUAGCACCAUGUUUCUUUGUAGUUUUUGUUCUUAUAUCACAAUUUGUUCUUGUAAAUGUUGUUGUAGCUGUUCUUAUGAAACACUUAGAAGAAAGUAACAAAAAAAAUGAAAUAACAGAAAGUGAAGUCGUUAAUUCAGGAAUUGAAGUUGAUGUUAAUAAAAUUGAUGUUAAUAUUGGUGAUGAAAAUGAUUUUGAACAUAAACCAUUAACUGUUGUUGCCUUAGAACAACAAAUUAUUGAUUUAGAACAAAAAAUGUUUGAAGAUGGGCGUUUAGAAAUAACGGCAAAUUCUAAUGCUACAAAUGAUAAAACUACUAAUAAUGAUUGUAUUGAAAAAAAUAUAAAAUAA